UUGUGAACUGAUAGCAGUGUACGCUGGGACGGACUCAGGGCUCUGCAAACCUGAAAAAUGAAACGGACGCAACGGAAUAGUCCGUCCACGGAACCGUGACUUGCUUCAUUACACAGUCAUCCAUCCAGUCAAACCUGGAUAAGUUCACAACUGAGUUAUCCCAGUCAUUUGGAUUAGAAGGAGCAGGAUGUGGUGGUCUUGUCCACAAUUUUACCAGGAGAGAACUCAAGGAUUUUUUUUUUUGCGUGAGGUGGAGAGGUUUUAUAGGAAGUGCAAAGAAGAUGGCUCACCCACCACUUUAAUGGCCGCUUCAUGCAUUGGCAAACAGCCCAAGAAGGAUGUGUGGGUGCUGUCGCCCAGUCUGCAGCUCGAUAGCAACGGUGUGGAAAUUUCCACUGAAGAUCAGACAUUUUACUGGGUUGACAAGCUUCUACCUGUGUCUGCAACUAGUCAGCUUGAGGUCCCAUCACAUUUCAAUGUCCUGCACCCUGUGGAUGUACUGAGAGAUGUCUUUCAGGCUCUGUCAGACACAUUGCACGAAAAUGCCAUUGCAGGGAUAUUCACUGUUGCCUCUGUGUGUCUAUCACUGCACUAUGAAACGGUGCUGGAGCUGUUUAAGUGUUGUCCUAUUCCAAUCAUCAUUGGUGACAUCAACACAGGCAAAACAACUUCCUGCCGCAUGGCAUCGCGAAUGACCGGGGCCAAGAAUAGUCUAUUGGGAUACACUAGAGAGCGCUUCCUCCCAAAAGCAACAUCUGGCUCCUCCAUACCUGUCAUUCUGGAUGAUGCUGAGCCUAAUGCCAUCCGCGGUCUUAUGACCAAGUAUUUCAAUGGUGGGGUUGAUGCCACUUGCUCGUUCGAGUCGACACCAAAGUGCUGCCCCAUCAUUAGCGCAAACUGGUUUGCCCUGUCCAAAUUGGCUGGAAGCGAGCGCGAGAUGACUCGGGCGGUCAUCAUUCCAUUCUUAAAAACAGAAAGAAGGAGGAGUGAGGACCAGUUUCAAGCAGAGAGCAGGCGUCAUGAACUUGAAGAUGUAGCUGUUCACUGCCUGCCUCUUCUAGUGUCCAUUGCUUCUGACCUGAAGAAGGAGAAAAGUCACAUUCUGCAGAAGUGUAGGGUAUUUGUUGCCAGGAUCCUGUCGCAUUUGAGUGAUGCAGAUGACAGGCUCCAUCUCACUUAUGGCAUUCUUCUUUUUGUGGCACAGUUGCUUCUCCAAAAGGCCAACAUUGAAAAACUUGGCCCAGAGCAGGCGGAAACAUUUCUGCAAACUACAGUGAUGAAGUAUGGCAUUGAGCAAUUCCAGGUGGGAAACGCUAUGUUGAACGGCCUCCCAUCCCCCACUAAGACCAUAGCAGAUAUGGCAAAGUUGAUCAUCGAGGCAGUUCAAGUUUGCCAUAUUGGUGAGUUGUUGACUGCAGUGAACCCGAGAGUGGAUGUUGGCGGAACAAUCGGAUUGGCAUUUCAUCUUGUAACCCUUUUGAACAUCCUCUUUGCCCAUGGUAUUGACCACCCAUCCAAGGAUAUUUGUCGCCAGGCAAUCUCGGCAGAUCCAAUGAUGUCGGGUGUGCAAGUGUAUCUCAAUGUUGAGCGUCACCAUGACAUUAUCUCAAGGGGAGGGGUGAAGGCAACAGGUCCUCGAAACAGAAGAGGAAUCUGGAUGCCUUACUCCAGGUUCUCUCAAACACAGUUGAGAGAAAUUGAAUCAGUAUUCCAAAUUCAAACGGGAACUGGUGCCCAAGUUCAUGUUAUCGGGAUGCAAGAGGAUAUCCAAAGGAACGCUGAAGAAAGGAGUGAAAGAGGAGAAGAAAACAAUGCUGAAGAUGUUAUGGAGACAGAUGUGGAAAUGGUGGAUGUCAGUGACCCUGUUGAGAAAAACUCUACGGAGCUCAAUGAAACCAAAGAGCACAGAGAACCAGCUGGUCCUGUCACAUUGGAGUCUGCACACAGGAAGCUCUUUGUGGAUGAAACACAAUCAAGUACAGCAAGCACAAAUUCAACCUUUGAAGAGCCAUCCUCCGCCAGUACAAGCAUUGCUCACAACUCGCAGAGGGAUGCGGUUAAUGAAGCCGAGGUUGCCAGAAACAAGAAAGACCGUGCUUCAAGGAAGAGAAAAUAUGCAGAGACCACAACCACUCAAGCAGAUGGCCCCUCUACCCUGACCUUAAAUACUGCAGAAUCACAGAGGACAACGGGGGAUGAGGGUUUCUGCAGGACCUGCUUGAGGACGGCACCACAGAGAACCAAAAGUCGACAAAACAAGAAAAUAAAAUGGAUCUCCUGUGGCAACUGUUGUGGUUGGUUUCAUCAAGAGUGCCUUGGAAUGAAUCUUUCAAACAAAGAAGCUGAAGACCUUGUAUUUACAUGCAGCAAGUGCUCUGAUUGAAGGGUUCUUCAUCAGCUCCAUGGAAAAAGUUUCAAUCAGGUUAAGUAGUAUUCAAGUACGUAGUGACGGCUUCGACAGGUGCAAUAAAAUAGCAUUGGAUAAGGUUUGCAUGACGGCAUGCAUAUCCGUUUGCAGUAUCAGCAGGUGAUAUCCAGCAGGUGAUGCUGUGGAUAAUUUGGUCUGUAUUUUUUUAACAAUAAAAACAUCAACUGUUCAUCAUACACAUAGCCCAGAGAAGUAUUGUGGCCCUGGAGGCCAUUAACACAUUUUGAAGCAAUGUUUGGAACUGGAACUAUGAACCAUGAAAUUUUGUUAAGAAUGUUGAUAGCAAGAUUUGUGUCAGGAGAGCAAGUCGUGAAUCAUCCCUUGAAUAUUAACAGCAGUAAUCAUGACCAGAAAGCAAAUCGUACAUUAGGUUUUGAAAAACAGUAUCAAUAUUCAAGAUCAAAGAGCGUGUUGAAGAUUUGGUCGUAAAUAUUGAGAUCAAUAUGCACGAUUUGCGAUUUCCUCCAUGGGUGAGGUCACCCAUAGAGAUGGGACACCUCAGCUAGCUUAACACACUUUGUGCAUUCAAAGUGAAUAUCCAAGAACACACAAAAAAAUUCAAGUUACUUGUGGCAUAUAAUUAAGUACUAGGGAUACACCUUUUGAAAUGUAAUUUUAAGUGCUGGAUCUAUUACCGUUCUCCGUUUGUGUCAUUAGGAGUUGUCAGGUUAAGGUGGUUACAUAUGGCAUUAUUUUGUGUGUCAUCUUCAAAUGCAUCAUUAAUCAAAUAUCUGACAUGAUAACACUGUGCUCAGGUGAUUGCAUCUGCUCGUAACAAGGGUUUUUAAUUACUGUUAGCUUUGUAAUAGCGCAUUGCAUGAAAUCUUUAAGCUUUCUAUUAACAGUUUGGUGAUGUUUCCUGUUAAAACUGAACAAAUCAUCUGUGGAAAGGAAUGCUUACUUUGGGCAUGUUGUGUUAACUUUCCAUUGACACAUGUAGCUUUCAAAAGUUUCUGUAUAAGAACAUUCAAUUUAAUCUUAAUUGUGCUAAAAUAAAACUCUCAGGGCCUUGGAAAAUACCAUGAAACUUAAGAAAGUGCAUUAUUAAUACAGUCAUAAGGGUAAAAUUUCAUAUAUUUAAUGAUUACAAAGACAGAAGAAAGUGUUUUAACCUGUGUUUCUAAGGCAAACCUGUUGUAGAGGUAAUUACAUACUAACGUUUGCAAGACUGCAAGAUUUUUUAUUUAACGUCUUUUACCCGUAAAACAAGUUAUUGAAGUUUUUGACAGGACAAUCUAGGAAAUUUAUUUCAGUCUGUGAGGGGUGAGUUCCCUAAAACAUGCUUUUUAAUUAAAUUACACUCGUUUCUUUCCAAUAAUGUAUUGAAGUAAAUGCCUAAUUUAAAGUAGACUUGUGAGAUUUUGAUUCUGUGCCUGAGGUUUUAUUGGCUUGUCAACACCUCAAUCAAUCUGCAUUUGUCAAUCACAUAAAAGAAAAUGAAAAAAAAAAACUCUCUGUAAAUCUUACAGGUAUAUUUCAGCUGAGUAUGUUAGUAUGCAAUGUAUUGGAGACUGAGUAAAUGCUGUUAGAAAGAGUAUCGCACUGUUUACAUUAAAAUUCAAAAGGUAGAUACACAGUGUGUUGUGCACUGGAACACUUUUACGGUAUAUGUGGCAUACGUGUAAGAUCUGCCAGUACACGUACAUUUGUAAAUCCCUUUUCACAAAGAGUGGUAGUGUUAAAGUAAUCUUCAUCUCUUUGAUCGGACUGUCAGUAUAAAAACAUUUGGCCAGUGGAUCAAAACCACUAAUAAACCACAUUUCAUUUUGAAAUGCAAUCUUUAAUGCUGUCCAAGAGAAGUGUAAUGGUUCCAAAGCAGGGAUCAGAUUUAUGGAAAAAAUGCUCAGACUGGAUUGAGGAAUUGUAGCUGAUAUGACCAUUCACUUCUGUAGCCAACCGCAAACUGUGAAUUCUCUUUCAUUUGUACCAUUUCAUGACUUGUUACAAGAUUAUGCUUUAUACAAAUUAAUGAGUCAUUUGGUUGAUUCUAAUUUAACACAGACUGUAACAAAUGGGAGAAAUGCCAAUGGCUGCAUUACUUCUAAAUCGAUCACGUCAUGUAGAGAAACAGUAACUAGUGAUUUGUUUUUUGAUAAACUUAAGGGUGGUCCAUUUGUAAGUUGUUUUCUAUAACACAUUACUUCACUGUGACGUAUGACAUGAAUUGCCAAUUUCAAUAAAAAACAUCUUGUUAUUUAAUCAAAAGACCUUCCAAAAAUGUAAGACUUUGCACUUUUAGAUGUACACGGAGUAGACCAUUACUGUAUUGUCCUGUGAGAUUGUGACAUGAAAGUUUCCACGUGAAAUGUUAGCCUAGCAGGUCAUUUGACCAUGGAGGCAGGACACAAAAGGAGUUGAAACUCUGACACUUCUAGGUGAAUUUUAAUAAAUGCAAUUAUACAGAAAAUUUUGGUCUCCUGUUAAAAAGACAUGAUAACGUGUACCUAGUUCACACCUAAUUUACACAUGUAGCUCCCAUGCAUAUAUCUUUGAUCUACAUCCACGUUGCUCUCUCAAGCAUGAUAACAAUGGGCUAAUCAGGCAAUUCACAAUUUUAUUCGUUGUGGAAACUGUGAUUGCAAAAAGUCAGUCUGGCAGUGAAAACUGUAGCCCCUGGAUUACUCCCAGAGUGGUAGUUCACGGGUACGGUAUUGACAAACAGGAAUAUUCUUCAGGGAAAUGACAAAGUGAUUUUCCCUCCGUGCGUGGAACCGCAACUGACCCAUGACAAAUAUGCAGGCUGGUUAUGCAUUCAAAAGAAUUGGCCCUUCAUUAAUUCAGAUACUUGAUGCCAUCAUGUAAUGCUAUAAUGACGUCUGUUCACUUACAGAAACAAGUUACAGUGUUCAGUUUAAUCUGUAUAAAAAAUUCAAGUUUUUGAGCAUGACAAAUCCUUAAAAUACAAACUUGCACUCUGAAUUCAA